UAUUCAAUUUCAAGUUGUCCAUGGGUGUGAAGUGAUUCUUUCAAUGAGUCAUUUAUAACAUGGACUCUUCUCAUGAAUGUCCAUCGCAAUGGCUGCCCGCUUUCGCAAGGCAUCAAAUCCGUACAAAUCCCUCGAUGCAACAGUUUGGGGAUUCGGGUGGAUUUUGCCUCGGUUAUAUGCAAACAAAUGUUAUUAUUGUUCCUAGUGGUAUAGCUGAAGACCUUUGUGAAUUUUGUCGCCUUAACGAAGCACCUUGUCCCUUAUUGUAUCGAAGUAAACCAGGAGAGGUUAGUGCUGGCUAUCUUGCAAAAACCUCCGAUAUUAGGACAGACCUCACCCAAUACAACGUCUACAAAAAGUCCCCAGAUGGAUCCCAACAGCACUCAACUCCUAACGAGCUUAAAGAUUAUCCUUGGGAUGAUAUGGUUACGAUCUAUACUGGCUGCAGUUUCUCAUUCGCGGGGGAGCUCGCCAAGGAAGGUGUUUAUACACGAAGUAUCGACAGAGCUGUCUCAAUAUUCCAGUCCAAUAUUGAAUGCMUUCCAAUUGGUCGGAUAACCUGUCCAGGAAUGGCAGUUACAAUGAGACCAAUAAGAAAGGACCUUGUUCAAAAGGCCGUGGAAAUAACAGCUAGAUUUGAUGAAGUCCAUGGCGCACCAAUACAUAUCGGCGAUCCUGCAAUGAUUGGYAUUCGCGACAUACUCAGACCCGAGUGGGGUGACCCUGCAGAUUUUAGCGACAAUCGCCUUGUUCCAGUGUUCUGGGGGUGUGGUCAUACUUUGGUUGAGGUUGUCAGACAUUCAAAUUUAGAUAUCGCCUUUGGUCAUAGUGUUCCUGGAACGCUCUUCCUUACUGACGUCAAAACGGAAGAUUUUUUUAGAGAYAAACUUCCUCGGCAUGGCAAUGAGCAACCUAUUGUAGUGACACUGCAAGACGAACCYUACUUCGCCUCUAUUCUUGGCCACAAAACUCAUACAAAGAUCAGCAAAMUCGAAGAAWUAAUUAUUGAAAAUGAUUCAGACCAAGCAACCAAAUCAAAGAAAUCUAAGGGACUUGUAAAGAGUGCUUUAAGGGUUUCCCAUGCCAAAACAGUUGCUAUAUCAACUCGAUUCGMGCCUUCCAAUGAAAUCGACRGAUUGCUAAGCAUGCURGUAAUGGCCAAGAUAUUGCAGGCUGUUGGCAAGGUUGUUACUAUAGUUACUAGUGACGUCAAUGCUACAACGAUUGUGGAAGACAUUGUGGCAGAUUUGAUUAAGGCCGGUAUUUUACAGAAAGAGAUCGAUAUCCAGGGAUURUCCACUUCAAAAAUAAACGAGGGAUUGAAUAUUUCUGGUCUUUUGCACAGCUUAAAGAAAUUUGAUGUCGUAGUUGAAUUUGGAAAACUGCAGCCAAAACAAUCUUCUUGCUCAGAAACCAUUCUACCAGUCGAAACCAAACCUGCUGUCACAAUGGCUUCCAUGGCCAAUGAUGUGCMAAAUGGCGCUACAAACCUGUCAAAUGGUAAUGGCUGCGAUAGUGCCUACAAGAAGCUUUGUGUUUGUGUCAGUGAUGGACAAUCUGGUUUGGCUUUAAGUAUGUCGGUAUUAAUACUGCAGAACUGUCUUAUUCAUUCUCGAUAUCGUCGUCAUGGUAUUGGGGAACAUCGUGACGUCACACUUGAAGUUGUCAUGGAUACCGUCAAACAGUUUGACAGCAUGUGGGAAUUCAUGAAGUCACGUGAUAUCCAAGAUAAGGAAGCAAAAAAUACAUUGAAACAUCAUAUUGAACAAAUUGCAUCGAUUAUCACCAAUGACAAGUACUGAAUAUGGCGUAUAUAUGUCUGAACAUGGGACUUUCAAAAGGCACAUUCAAUAAUAACCAAUGUGCAUUGACGCCAUUAUGUGCAGCGAAGCAUGAUGUUAUUGUAGUCCUCGCACUUUUUCAUGUCCUCUACAACAGUCCCCAUAAGGAGUUGCAUCGCUUUUUCUUAGCAACAAUAGAAGUAGUUGUACCGUUUCUACAAAGAAGUUGUAAAAGUAGCUCUUAUAGAGAUAUUUUAGUGUAUGUAAUAUGUGUGAGGACUACGAAAUGGCGUCACUGCACAUUACUUAUUAUCCUAUCAGAAAGUAUGAUGUCUCAGAGUCUGUGUCUCUCUCAAUUAUCCGUUUUAUAAUUCAAAAAUAAAGAUGACAAAAAGAAAAUGUUUCUG